GCAAUCUUACGAGCAGCACUUGAAGGCAGCACAGAGGUGUGUGAGGAACCUGUGUGUUCAUUCAGUCUGAUCUGAGAGCCAUGGAGGCCGAAGGAGGACUGUCGGACGAGGCUGCGUCUGCCGCCUGCAAAGAAGGAGAUCCCAUCACCAAGGACUACAUGAUGCAGCAGACGAUGCUGAGGGUCAAAGAUCCAGCGAGAUCUCUGGACUUCUACACUCGAAUCCUGGGCAUGACCUUGCUCCAAAAAAUCGACUUUCCUUCGAUGCGUUUCACCCUCUACUUCCUGGGUUACGAGGACAAGACGGACAUCCCGGCGGACAUCAAAGAGAGGACGGCGUGGACUUUCUCUCGCAGAGCCACCAUCGAGCUCACGCAUAACUGGGGUUCAGAGUCAGAUAAAAGUCUGUCGUACCACAAUGGAAACAACGAACCGCGAGGAUUCGGUCAUAUUGGCAUUGCUGUUCCCGAUGUUUACGCUGCCUGCAAAUUGUUUGAAGAGCAAAAAGUGACGUUCGUCAAGAAACCAAACUCAGGUAAAAUGAAGGAUCUGGCCUUCAUUCAGGAUCCUGACGGCUACUGGAUUGAGAUCUUAAGUCCUAACAACAUGGUCUCCUUAAUGUCACCUUAACGCAGAGACGCGCUGGGAAACAUUCAGGGCAUCGUGGUUGGAUAACACUGCUGAAACUAAAGACUUCGUUUACAUGACGAACCUCUGAUACCCGCAUAAACUCUGUUCUGUGUCACAGUCCAGCUCCUGUCAGACAUUUUGUUUUCUUGUUGUGUUGCUCGGCGACUGGUGUGGUCUCGCAGAUCUAAAGAUCUUUGUUCAAGUUGUUCCUAUUCUAAAAAAAAUUAAUAAAAGAAACUAAAAAAAACAAACAGAAAA